UCCCUCCGAAACUCCCUCCGACCAAUCAAACACUAAUCCUCGAUCUCACGUUCUACCGCUCCCCCCCCCACCAAUAUCGCUACUCGAUCUUUUUCCCUUCUUCCUUCAUUUUUAUCUUUCAUUUAUUUCUUACGAUUGAUCCUGAUAUAUCUGUCACGCGGUUUUUUCCUAUCUUUUCAUUUUUUCCUUUUCCUUUUUUCUUACUUUCUUUCUAAGCAUUUCAUUUUAAAUAAGUUUUUCUGUUUUUUUUUUCUUUUCCAUUAGUAAGUAAUUUUUUGGUCUCCGUCAGUUAGAAAAUUAAGAAAAUUGUUCGUACGUGUACGCAAAGUCAAAGUGUACGAGAAGAAAGUCAGUAGUUGAACUUUUGGUAAACUCUUGAAGAGUCACUCGAAGUCGAGUCGAGCCGCCGGUGGUAGCUCCAGUUGCUUUCCAGUGCAUAACUUGUUGCUCAUACGUAAGCAGUGAUCCAAAUCGUAUCGUCGAUUUCAACACGUACAGUGUAAAAACACAAAAAAACAGAUCAAAGAAAAGAGAAAAGAAGGAAGAAUGUAAGGAAAAGGAAAAAAGGGACAUAAAGGUCUACAGGAAGGUGACAAAGGGUGAAGAAAAAAAAACUGCUAUUUGUUUGGAAUUACAAAGAAGAUGCUGCACGCAUGGGGUUGUCAUCGAUAACAACCCUUCUCUUUGAUUUCCAUCACCUUUCUGUUCUGCUUCUAUUUUUAAACGUCAACGGGAAUGCAUUGAAUCCCGAAGAAUACCCUUCGAAGGAUUUCCAACUAGCAAAGGGAUUUUCAAGCUUUGGCUGUUCACGUUUCUUGUUAUCCACAGCUUAGAGUGCGAUAUCAAGGAUUACUUGGAUAACGAAAGCCAUUUGAAAAAAAAAAAAAAGAAAAAAUACAAGAUGGAAGCCAUAAUUGAUACAAUUUCAAACAACUCAACGAAUCUUGAUAAAGUAUUGAUGACAAUAGCACAUUGACACUACUUUGACAAUUGAAAUAAAGCAUUUGGCUUUAAAGACCGAAUCGAUUUUCGAUAAGCCGAUCAUGACGCGUAUCGCGAAAAGAUGAUGACCAGCGGUCGUUGAAGACCGCUCGAGAAACCGAAUCUAUAUACUCCUCGUCUCAGAAUGGAGGAAAACGUCAGUAUAGCAGCGAAUGCGACCGCCGACAAUUUCGAUUUUACAAAUCCCUGGGUCAUAUUAAGGGCCACCAUAUUGGCUCUUUUGAUACUCGUCACUAUCGUUGGGAAUUUGUUCGUUAUAGCGGUGAUCCUGUUGGAACGGAACCUACAAUCCGUGGCAAAUUAUUUAAUCGUGAGCCUGGCCGUCGCCGACCUUAUGGUUGCCUGCCUCGCCAUGCCACUCGGGGCUGUUUACGAGAUAAACUCGAGAUGGUCUCUUGGGCCGGAACUCUGCGACAUGUGGACCAGCAGCGACGUACUUUGCUGUACGGCAUCGAUAUUGCAUCUGGUGGCUAUCGCGGUCGACAGAUAUUGGGCUGUCACCGAUCUCAAUUAUAUACAGGCAAGGAAUCCAAAGAAGAUUGCUAUCCUGAUCGUAUUGGUUUGGGUUGUAUCAUUGGGAAUUUCAUUGGCACCCCAAUUUGGUUUGAAAGAUCCAGAUUAUUUACAACGCAUAGCUGAUGGUGAAUGUAUCGUAUCGCAAGAUCCAACGUAUCAGAUUCUUGCAACAUGCGCAACAUUUUAUCUACCCUGUCUGGUGAUUUUGUUUCUUUACUGGAGGAUAUUUCAAGCAGCUCGGAAACGUAUCAGAAAGAGGCCAGGAACAAUCGUUCAACCUCCUCGCGAAAGAAGAGGAAUCCUACGUUACGUAACGAAAAGCAGGCAAAGGGAGGAAUCAACGGCGUUCACAAUAACACGUUCGACACCGGAUCAUUCGUCAAUUUCCCCGGAAAAAUCAUCGUCGUAUAACGAUGGGAACGUAGUCCAAUCAGCAGGUGGAAACGCAACGGUAACAAGCAAUACUGCAGCGAAUUCGUCGAAUUCAACGACUCAGAUGAGUGGAGCAGCAGCAGCGGUAGCAGCAGCAGCAGCAGCAGCAGCAGCGGCAGCAGCAACAAUAACAACAACAACAACGACAACGACGAUGACAACAACGACGACGACAACUUCGUCAACGAGUGGGCCAAGUUCUUCGGCAACUUCAACUACGGUACGUCAAGCAACAUCGACGAAAAGGAAUCGUGAGACGAUCGAAUCGAAGCGUGAAAAGAAAGCAGCUAAGACAUUGGCAAUCAUCACCGGUGCCUUCGUCGCCUGUUGGCUACCGUUUUUCCUUUUAACGCUUUUACGUGUGAUUUGUUCCAUCUGCGAGAUACCCAACGUAGUCUACAAUGUCUUCCUUUGGCUUGGCUAUUUCAACAGUACACUCAAUCCUGUCAUCUACACCGUAUUUUCACCCGAAUUCAGGCAAGGUUUCAAGAGAAUGCUCUGUGGUAGCUCCAGGGUGACACGCUGACAUUGGAUUUAAUUUCCUUUCCCGCGUUACCGCCACUAUACUAAACCAUUUAUUACCAUCGCUACCACCACGACACUACACAGAUUAUAAUAUCAUUGGUACUACUCUCUUAAAGGAAGAACUUUUCAUCUUUUCUGUCUUUCUUUCUUUCUUUUUUUCUCUAUCUUUCUCCUCCCCCUCUCUCCCCCCCCCUCUCUCU